AUGUCGGCUUACACAACGAACGGUACCGGUCAGGAGACCGAGAAGAUCAACACCAACAUUGUCACCCUUACCCGUUUCCUGACCGAAGAGCAGGCAAAGCAUAAGGAAGCCACGGGAGAUUUUACUCUUUUGUGCCACGCUUUGCAAUUUUCCUUCAAGUCAAUCGCCUAUUACAUCCGUCGAGCGACCUUGGUCAACCUGACGGGUCUGGCUGGCUCGUCCAACACAACCGGAGAUGACCAGAAGAAGCUUGAUGUCAUCUCUAACGAUCUUUUCAUCGAGGCCAUGAGGUCGUCCGGCAAGUGCGCCUUGUUGGUCUCGGAGGAGGAGGAGGACAUCAUCUUCUUCAACGAUAACACUGGAGCCCGCUACGCUGUGGCUUGUGACCCCAUUGACGGUUCCUCCAACCUUGAUGCCGGUGUAUCCGUUGGUACCAUCUUUGGAAUUCACAAGCUGGAGGAAGGCUCCACCGGCACCAGGGAGGAUAUUCUGAAGCCCGGUUCUGAGCUCCUAGCCGCCGGCUUCACCAUGUACGGAGCCUCGGCCCAGCUCGUCAUCACCAUGAGGGGGGGCAGCGUUAAUGGUUUCACCCUCGACAAUGGUGUCGGCGAGUUCAUUCUUACCCACCCCGACAUGAGGCUGCCUAAGGCCCGUGCCAUUUACUCGGUCAAUGAGGGUAACUCUCUGUACUGGGAGGACAGCACCAACAACUACUUCAACUCUUUGAAGACCCCACAGGAGAACGGCAAGCCCUACAGUGCCCGUUACAUUGGUAGCAUGGUGGCUGAUGCUUACCGCACCCUGCUAUAUGGAGGUGUCUUCGCAUACCCUGCUGAUAAGAAGAGUCCCAAGGGCAAGCUUCGUAUCCUUUACGAGUGUGCCCCCAUGGCGCUGGUGUUUGAGAACGCCGGUGGCCAGGCUGUCGACAGCAAAAUGAGGAGAAUGCUCGAGGUUGUGCCUGAGCACAUCCAUGACAGAGCCGGCAUCUUUAUGGGUAGUUAUGAUGAGGUUGAAAAGGUGAAGAAGUUCCAUCAGUAA